CCUAAUAAUACAUAAGCAUUGUUAACGCGUACCAUUAGAUAAGUUCAGCUGGAUUCAUAUGUUGAACAGGAAGAUUUUGAAGAAAGUAACCUGAUUCUAUUGAUCGAGGAAAUUUAGGGGAUUUUUCGACAUAGUCGACCUCCAACCUAGGAACUGACUAUAAAAUGGGCAUCACAGCUUAGCUUUAAUCAUUCUGUUGCCGAUAGCGGAUCAGCAAGACAUUAGUUCAAUUCUGAUAAAUUUGAGCGUGGAUUAUCAAGUGCUAACUUUUUCGAUAUGAAGUGUUUUCUGAUCCUUUUAGCAAUCGCUGUCGCGGUUUUCGCUGCUCCGAACGAGGGGGACAAGGAUGAGUGGACUUCGUUCAAGGGUCGUCACCGAAAACGGUACAACGGCACCGAAGAACACCGUCGUCGGGGCAACUUCAACAGCAACAAAGCCAGAAUCGAUAGCCACAACAAGCGUCACGAUCAUGGUGGUGCGUCUUUCCGUCUAGGGGUCAACGAGUUUUCCGAUAUGUCUCCGGAGGAAUUUGCCCAAACGAUGAACGGUUUCAAGCCCAGCGGUGCAGCUGACCAAAGCCCAAGACAAGCACGAGCUGCCGCUCCAACAACUACAUCGGUUACCAGCAUCGAUUGGAGAACGUUGGGCGCUGUGACUCCGGUUAAGGCUCAAGGUCGUUGCGGUUCGUGCUACUCUUUCGCGUCCAUGGGGGCUUUGGAAUCGCACAACUUCAUCAAAACGGGCAAACUGGUCACCCUGUCCGAACAAAACAUCAUCGACUGCACUAUUGCUUACGGAAACUAUGGCUGCAAUGGCGGAAGCAUGGCUACCGUUUACAAAUACGUCAAGGCCAACAGUGGAGUUGAUACCGGAGCGUCUUAUCCAUACAAGGGAGCAGUGAGCAAUUCCUGUGAAUUCAAUCCGGCCAACAUUGGAGCUUCUAUUACGGACUAUGUCCUCGUGCCGAAGAAUGAAGCCGCGCUGCAAGCUGCGGUCGCCACCAUUGGUCCGGUUUCCGUUGCCAUCGAUACCUCUCUACCGUCGUUCCAACUGUACAAAUCCGGUAUCUACUAUGAUCCACUGUGCAGUAGCACGAAGGUCACUCACGGUAUGCUGGUAGUCGGUUUCGGAACGGAGAACGGCACUGACUAUUGGCUGAUCAAGAACUCGUACGGCGCUUCUUGGGGUGAGCAAGGCUAUCUUAGACUGGCACGCAACAAGAACAACCACUGCGGUGUGGCUUCCUACGCCAGUUACCCAAUUGUUUAAAGGACUUGGGACUUGCAUGAAAUCAAGAAAUAGCUUCAUGAGGCUUUGUGCACAGCUCGCGUGUAGUUGUAGAAAAAAAAUUCAAUUGAAUGUAGAAAAUUGAAGUUCAAAUAAAACACAGAAACAAUUUAUUAAAAUUGAACUUGCUGUAGUUCUGAUUAACAAGAUUGACCCUGACUGACAACUGCAUGGAGAUGUUUUAUAAAACGAAUUAUACUUUAAACUGCUAAAUUACUACUAAAUUGGGUAUCUACUUGUUAAAUUCGAGUCUGUUUGGAAAAAAAUUGACCACUUUAGAUGGAAUACUCAAAGAGAAAAGAAAGUAGCGAAG